AGGCGCCUGCAACAACCGUCUCUUAGGGCGUACAAAAAAGAAAACAGAAACGAGACAGUAUUAAAUCUCUAGUCCAAUUUCUGGGUAAAACACCAAACAUUUAUCCUUAUCCAAAUCCUCUAGGGUUUCGGAAGAUCUAACCAGAACAGUCGAACAAGAUGGAUAGGUAUCAGAGAGUGGAGAAGCCUAAGGCGAAAUCGCAGAUUGCUGAGAAUGAGAUUCGUAUCACCAGCAUGGGUAGGGCGCGGAACUACAUCACGUAUGCAAUGGCUCUUCUUCAGGAAAACAAAUCCAAUGAAGUUAUUUUCAAGGCUAUGGGAAGAGCUAUCAACAAGAGUGUGACCAUUGUUGAGCUGAUUAAGAGAAGGAUUCCUGGUCUUCAUCAGAUCACAUCUAUUGGAUCCACGGACAUAACUGAUCAUUGGGAACCUACAGAGGAAGGCCUUUUUCCCCUUGAGACCACAAGGCAUGUGUCCAUGAUAACCAUAACACUUUCGAAGGUGGAGUUGAACACAUCCUCUGUUGGGUAUCAGUGUCCGAUUCCUAUUGAGAUGGUGAAGCCAUUAGCUGAGGUUGAUUACGAAGGACGAGAGGGAUCUCCUAGAGGCAGAGGAGGAAGAAGAGGAAGAGGAGGAAGAGGAAGGGGGAGAGGCGGCAGAGGUAAUGGGUAUGUGAAUGCUGAGCAUGAUGAUGGAGGAAGGGGAAGAGGUGGCAGAGGAAGCGGAUAUGUGAACAAUGAGUAUGAUGAUGGAAGUAGAGGACGAGGCGGCAGAGGAAACGGUUAUUUGAACAAUGAGUAUGAUGAUGGAGGUAUGGAGCAGGACCGGUCGUACGGCAGAGGACGAGGGCGUGGGAGAGGAGGACGACGUGGUGGGCGUGGAAGAGGAGGUUUCAAUGGUCCCCCACCCAACUAUGAAGCUCAAGAAGAUGGAGGAGACCAUGGAUACAACGCUGCUCCUCCGGCAGACCAUGGAUACGAUGGGCCUCCGCCUCAGGGCCGUGGCCGUGGCCGUGGAAGGGGAGGUCGUGGAAGAGGAGGCCGUGGUGGAUUCAACAGGUCAAAUGGACCACCGAUUCAGGCUGCUGCUUGAGUGACCAGGGUCAUUGAAUGGACUUGGAUCUUUACAACAAACUCAUGUUUUUGUCUCUUUUUCGUCAAACAGCUUAUUGCCGUAGAAUAAUCUCUCGUUCAUGUUGGUUUAGGUUAUAUAUAUGUUCAUUUAUUUAUGGACGUCAUCUUGGAUGUUUCCAGUUUUGCUCCUUCUAUGUUCUAUCAGUUUUCUAGUU